GUGAACCACCAGCCCCAAGACAUGUCCUGCUGUGACCAGUGUCAGCCCUGCCAGCCCUGCGGGCCGACUCCACUGGCCAACAGCUGCAAUGAGUGCUGUGUCAGGCAGUGCCAGGACUCCGCUGUCAUCAUCGAGCCCUCUUCUGUGGUGGUGAUUCUUCCUGGCCCCAUCCUCAGCUCCUUCCCGCAAAAUACCAUUGUGGGAUCUUCCAUCUCCGCCUCUGUUGGCAACAUCCUCAGCUCUAAUGGAGUGCCCAUCAACUCUGGGUGCUGUGACCUCUCCUGUAUCACCAGCUGCUGCUGUGGCAGCAGAAGGUGCCUCCGCUGCUAA